CGUCUGACGUCUAAAAGUUCGAAGGUUACAGGUAGCUACGUCGUGGAGGGUUUUGUCAACACAAACGCUUGGGAUAGUAUAGCGAGGUAGCUUUCUUUUUUAUUUGAACAUGUGAAAUAUAAGACUAUUGGGUUUGAUAUAUUUGUAGGUUACGCUCAAAAUAUAUCAUUUACCGUUUGUGUCGUAUUCGACACAUAGCUACGGGCUACGCGACCGAGGAAUCUAGCUAGCGAACGUUAACUCAGCACAGGAGGCCGAGGACCACAACAUCAGAAAGGAACAUGGUCGACGUCGGCGAAAUCGAGCUUCAAAAGCUCGAAUAUCUUUCUCUUGUUUCCAAAGUUUGCACGGAAUUGGACAACCAUUUGGGCAUUAACGACAAGGACCUAGCUGAAUUUGUGAUCAAUCUUGCGGAUAAGCACACAACUUUCGAUGGAUUCAAGGCGGUGUUGUUGAAAAAUGGAGCGGAAUUCACGGACUCGCUCAUUAGCAAUUUGCUGAGGCUAAUUCAGACGAUGAAAUCUGCUACGAAAGGAUCUUCAAGCAAAGCCGCAGAGCCUGUUGUGAAGCCAAAGAGCGAGAAGGACAAACUGAAGGAGAUGUUCCCUGCUUUGUGCCGGCCAGACAACCCUACCGUGAAGACCGUCCUGGACGAGGACGACGUGAAGGUGGCGGCUGACGCCAUGAAGGAGCUGGAGAUGUUCAUGCCCAGCGUGAGCGGGCCCGAUACCAAGAGGAGCCGACACCGGUCUGGGGAGGGCAGCAAGAAGAAGAGGAGCAGAAGCCGCAGUCGGGACCGUGACCGCGACAGGGACCGGGACAGGGACCGCGACCGCCACCACGACCGCGAUCGUGACAGGGACAGAGACAGGAAGCGGCGGCACCGCUCGCGGUCCCGCACCAGGUCUCGCUCCCGGGACCGGGACCGGGGGAAGGCGCGCGUGUCCCGCUGGAGGUCCCGCAGCCGCACCCCCAGCCCGCGGCGGGACAAGGAGAAGGGCGCCGACCGCUGGAAGGACAAACACGUGGACCGCCCGCCCCCCGAGGAGCCCUCCGUGGGGGACAUCUACAACGGCAAGGUCACCAGCAUCAUGCAGUUCGGCUGCUUCGUGCAGCUGGAGGGACUCAGGAAACGCUGGGAGGGCCUGGUCCACAUAUCUGAACUUCGGAGAGAGGGACGUGUGGCCAACGUAGCCGACGUUGUCAGCAAAGGUCAAAGGGUCAAGGUCAAGGUGCUGUCGUUCACGGGCUCCAAAACCAGCCUCAGCAUGAAGGACGUGGACCAGGACACGGGCGAGGACCUGAACCCCAACCGGAGGCGCAACGUGGGCCCCGAGGGCGGGGAGGAGAACGCCAUGCGGAACCCCGACCGGCCCGCCAACCUCAACCUCGGCCACGCCCCCGAAGUGGAGGACGACACGCUGGAGCGCAAGAGGCUCACCAAGAUCUCCGACCCCGAGAAGUGGGAGAUCAAGCAGAUGAUCGCAGCCAACGUGCUCUCUAAAGAGGAGUUCCCAGACUUCGAUGAGGAGACCGGCAUCCUCCCUAAAGUGGACGAUGAGGAAGAUGAGGACCUGGAGAUUGAGCUGGUGGAGGAGGAGCCCCCGUUCCUGAGGGGUCACACUAAGCAGAGCAUGGACAUGAGCCCCGUUAAAAUAGUCAAGAACCCGGACGGGUCGCUGUCGCAGGCGGCCAUGAUGCAGAGCGCCCUGGCCAAGGAGCGGCGGGAGGUGAAGCAGGCCCAGCGCGAGGCCGAGAUGGACUCCAUCCCCAUGGGGCUCAACAAGCACUGGGUGGACCCGCUGCCCGACGUGGAUGGAAGGCAGAUUGCCGCUAACAUGAGGGGCAUUGGCAUGAUGCCCAACGAUAUCCCCGAGUGGAAGAAGCACGCCUUCGGGGGCAACAAGGCCUCCUACGGCAAGAAGACCCAGAUGUCCAUCCUGGAGCAGCGGGAGAGCCUGCCCAUAUACAAGCUGAAGGAGCAGCUCAUCCAGGCUGUCCAUGAUAACCAGAUCCUGAUUGUGAUCGGGGAGACCGGCUCGGGGAAGACCACGCAGAUCACGCAGUACCUGGCUGAGGCGGGCUACACCACCCGCGGGAAGAUCGGCUGCACCCAGCCCCGCCGUGUGGCCGCCAUGUCCGUGGCCAAGAGGGUGUCUGAGGAGUACGGCUGCUGCCUGGGGCAGGAGGUGGGUUACACCAUCCGUUUCGAGGACUGCACCAGCCCGGAGACCGUCAUCAAGUACAUGACGGACGGCAUGCUCCUGCGGGAGUGCCUGAUCGACCCGGACCUGGGCCAGUACGCCAUCAUCAUGCUGGACGAGGCCCACGAGAGGACCAUCCACACCGACGUGCUCUUCGGCCUGCUGAAGAAGACGGUGCAGAAACGCACGGACAUGAAGCUGAUCGUGACCUCGGCCACGCUGGACGCCGUCAAGUUCUCGCAGUACUUCUACGAGGCCCCCAUCUUCACCAUCCCGGGGCGCACGUACCCCGUGGAGGUGCUCUACACCAAGGAGCCCGAGACGGACUACCUGGACGCCAGCCUCAUCACCGUCAUGCAGAUCCACCUGACCGAGCCGCCGGGAGACAUCCUGGUGUUCCUGACGGGGCAGGAGGAGAUCGACACGGCCUGCGAGAUCCUGUACGAGAGGAUGAAGUCCCUGGGCCCCGACGUGCCCGAGCUCAUCAUCCUGCCCGUCUACUCCGCCCUGCCCAGCGAGAUGCAGACCCGCAUCUUCGACCCCGCCCCGCCCGGCAGCAGAAAGGUCGUCAUUGCCACCAACAUCGCGGAGACCUCUUUGACCAUCGAUGGGAUCUACUAUGUGGUGGACCCAGGCUUUGUGAAACAGAAGGUGUACAACUCCAAGACCGGAAUCGACCAGCUCGUGGUCACUCCCAUCUCACAGGCCCAGGCUAAGCAGCGGGCGGGGCGGGCCGGCAGAACCGGACCGGGGAAGUGCUACAGGCUGUACACAGAGCGCGCGUACCGGGACGAGAUGCUCACCACCAACGUGCCGGAGAUCCAGAGGACCAAUCUGGCCAGCACCGUGCUCUCUCUGAAGGCUAUGGGGAUCAAUGACUUGCUGUCGUUCGACUUCAUGGACGCGCCCCCCAUGGAGACGCUGAUCACGGCCAUGGAGCAGCUGUAUACUCUGGGGGCCCUGGACGACGAGGGGCUGCUGACCCGUCUGGGGCGCAGGAUGGCCGAGUUCCCUCUGGAGCCCAUGCUCUGUAAGAUGCUGAUCAUGUCCGUCCACCUGGGCUGCAGCGAGGAGAUGCUGACCAUCGUGUCCAUGCUGUCCGUGCAGAACGUCUUCUACCGGCCCAAGGACAAGCAGGCUCUGGCAGACCAGAAGAAGGCCAAGUUUCACCAGCCAGAGGGAGACCACCUGACACUGCUAGCCGUCUACAACUCCUGGAAGAACAACAAGUUCUCCAACCCCUGGUGCUACGAGAACUUCAUCCAGGCGCGGUCUCUGCGCCGAGCGCAGGACAUCCGCAAGCAGAUGCUGGGCAUCAUGGACCGGCACAAGCUGGACGUGGUGUCGUGUGGGAAGGCCACGGUGCGCGUGCAGAAGGCCAUCUGCAGCGGCUUCUUCCGCAACGCCGCCAAGAAGGACCCGCAGGAGGGCUACCGUACCCUCAUCGACCAGCAGGUGGUGUACAUCCACCCGUCCAGCGCCCUCUUCAACCGCCAGCCUGAGUGGGUGGUGUACCACGAGCUGGUGCUCACCACCAAGGAGUACAUGCGGGAGGUGACCACCAUCGACCCGCGCUGGCUGGUGGAGUUCGCCCCCGCCUUCUUCAAAGUGUCCGACCCCACCCGGCUCAGCAAGCAGAAGAAGCAGCAGCGCUUGGAGCCGCUGUACAACCGCUACGAGGAGCCCAACGCCUGGCGAAUCUCCCGGGCCAUCCGCCGCCCCUUGCCCCAACCCCCCCCCCCCCCACCCCCACCCCCGACCGCCGCCCGCUCCCAGCGGAAGGGGAGUCUUCACCUUUUUUUUUUCUUUAUUUAUUUUUUCAGUUUUCAGGACUGGGCGACUCCGGUGCGCUCAGGAACACACUCCACCGUACGCCAGCCGAGGCAUUUCACCUGGAACCCUGGACUCUCCCUCCUGAGAGAACUAGACAUUUUAUUUUACAUUUUAACCCUUGCAGUCACGAUCGGUUAUCUUGGCCAUGCUGUUCUGCAGGCGGUAUGGCUCUGCGGUUAUAGUGCAGGCAAGAGAGCCCCCUUAGGGGACAUUAGGAGUAGCAGCAGAACUCUGCUGUGCUCGUAAUAGUAACUACGGAAACUGUGAACGUGUGUUCCACACUGAUUACUGCUAGGUGUACGUAUGCUGUCAGCCGUUGCUCCAUCAUUUUGUGCUUUCCUCCAUUUUGUUUCCUUGAACCUAAUUUGGCGCUGGUUUGUACUGCGGACCGUGUGAUGACAGGGCUGGCUGCAAAGGGGUUUGUGGUGGUUGAUGGAGGUAGGAAAUCCACACUGGCUCCUUAAGAUGGAUGUGCAUCACUGGGGGCUGAUUAUUUGAACCCCACCCCCCAUCAACCUUCUCCGUGGUAGUCAGGUUUUGUCUGGACCUAUAAGAGCAGAUUUAGCGUAAUAGAGGUUCAGAAGAUAGCGAUCACAGCUGCCAUUCUGUACGACACGCUCACUGCGUUGUUGAAAGGAGAAGGCUGAUUUGAGCAGAAUGGAGAGAGGGAGAGAAAACCAGAAACCAGUUUGAAAUAGCCUGUAAAAAAGAAAAAGGGAUCAGGGGGGCCGGCAGUGCUAAACUCUCUCAAGGCGCCAUUUUGUGAUGCCGUUGACCCUACCUGAGCAAGCUGUAAAUAAGUUUCGAAAUAAAGAUUUUUUUGUUGUUGUAUUUUUUUUUUUUUUUUUUUUUCUGUUUUUAGCAAGGAGCAUUGCAUCAUUCCCACUUUUUCCCCACAGAAGAAAAAUAUUUGUUUUUUUUUUUUGUCAUUUUGAGGAGGGAGGUUGAUUCCAUGUCACCACCACGGACUGACGAUUUUCCGUUUUCUCAAGGCAAACAAAAAAAAGCUGCUAUACGGCGCCCCCUGCAGGCGCGGUGGACCAGCGUGAGGACGUGACUGAAAGGAGGGGGGCGGCGCGCGAGCCCCUGGCUGCCAGCGGGGUUACCCGCUCUUUCGUACGCGGCGCCGGCUGUUUGGGGAAAGGGCUCGGGGAUCUCUGGGCCCCGCCUCUCAGAGCUUGGCAGAACCCGGAGAGGAUGUUGAAGAGUUCCAGAAGCCCUCUUUAAAACAAACAGAGCCACCAGAGCUCGUGAGUCACCGCUGGCAACCACGUUCCUCCGGACACGGCCAAAAAAAGCCUUUUAUACCCACGUGUGUGUUUUUAGAACUGCGUAUCUGCAGGUUUAUGCUCUGUGUAUAUACGCCUUGGGUCUCGUGUCUAGAACUGUUUUUGCUUUACUGAUGGAACCUUUUGCUGAGCUCAUUAAAAGCGCUUUUCUUUUAA